AUGCAGGACAUGCUCACGGCUCUCCUCACCCAUGGCGGUGCUGCCAUUGUCGUUGCUACAUUCUUCACCGUAUUGACCACGGUCGCGGUGGUCCUGCGUCUGAUUACGAACUGGAGUACCAAGGCGAAAUAUGGUUGGGGUGAGGCGUGUAUCAUUAUUGCGCAGGCGAUGUAUUAUGCGCAAUAUGGUGUCCAAAUGCACGGCCUCAUCGAGGGACGAAAGAUGAAGAGCUUAAUGGACGCCCAUUUGAUAACUUAUCUGCGCGCCGUCUACAUCGCCGGAGAAUUUUACUUCCCCAUCAUCUUUUUCACGAACAUGUCGAUCCUUUUCCUCUACCGACGACUCUUUCCGGUUCAGAGCUUCAAGCGCUUGACCACGAUCCUGAUGGUUGCGCACGGUUUAUGGGUCAUUCCCGCUUUUGCUGCGGAAACAGCGAUGUGCUCUCCACCCAGCGUGCUUUGGCUGCAACCGCUCCUGAUCCCGGAGAAAUGCUUCUUCUACAGCACCUUCUUCAUAGUUAUGUGCAGCACUGAGCUAUUCCUCGAUGUAUGCGUGCUUGCGCUGCCGCUGUUCUACGUCACCCGCCUUAAGCUCCCAUGGCACCGCAAGGCAGAGCUCUUGUUCAUCUUUGUUCUUGGAGGACUGGUCAUCGUCACCGGUAUCAUCCGCAUCCUCAAGUCCGCUCAAGCUGGCGUUCAAGCCAUCGACUUCGUCCUCGACAUUACGUGGCUCGACGUGCAUUCUGGUAUUGCCAUACUUUGCGCCUGCUUGCCCACUUACCGCCCUCUGAUCGUCAAGUCCGCCGCGUUCCUCUCAUCACAAGGAAGCAAACUGUUCAGCUCGCGCGGCAGUUCUGGUGCAGACAGCACUGGCAAGAGCGGAAACUCAAGCGCUACUGGAGGCAAACUGAGCGACGGCACCAUCGGAAGUGGAGGGGGCUACAAGAAGUACGAGAAAUUCGGAAGCGUCGACGAGGUGCAAUUGGUGGGAUUGCCCAAAGGCGCGGACAGGGUGUAG